UACCCCCAAUGAGAGGAGGAGCGGCUCGCGGCCUCUCAAGAGCUGAGGGUUGAGGGCCUAGAGCCAACGCAUAUACCUGUCACCUCUGCCCCUGAAGACACAACCUCCAUGCGGAGCCAAGAUGGGGAAUGGAACUGAGGAAGAUUAUAACUUUGUCUUCAAGGUGGUGCUGAUCGGCGAGUCUGGUGUGGGCAAGACCAAUCUGCUAUCCCGAUUCACACGCAAUGAGUUCAGCCACGACAGCCGCACCACCAUCGGGGUCGAGUUCUCUACCCGCACAGUCAUGUUGGGCACCGCUGCCAUCAAGGCUCAGAUCUGGGACACAGCUGGCCUGGAGCGAUACCGAGCCAUCACCUCGGCGUACUACCGUGGUGCAGUGGGGGCCCUACUAGUAUUUGAUCUGACCAAGCACCAGACCUAUGCUGUGGUGGAGCGCUGGCUGAAGGAGCUCUACGACCAUGCCGAGGCCACCAUCGUCGUCAUGCUUGUGGGUAACAAGAGUGACCUCAGCCAGGCCCGGGAGGUGCCUACUGAUGAGGCCCGCAUGUUUGCUGAAAACAAUGGGCUGCUAUUCCUGGAGACCUCAGCCCUGGACUCCACCAAUGUUGAGCUGGCCUUUGAGACUGUCCUCAAAGAGAUCUUCGCAAAGGUGUCCAAGCAGAGGCAGAACAGCACCCGGACAAAUGCCAUCACCCUGGGCAGUGCCCAGGCUGGUCAGGAUUCGGGCCCCGGAGAGAAAAGAGCCUGUUGCAUCAGCCUCUAACCUGGGUUAGCACCAACCCUACCCCACUGGCUUCCUGGUACCCUGGCUCUCUAAGGUCCAGGACCUUCCCUGCCCUGGGUUCCAGCCAGCAGUGGUCUAUACCAUUUACAGCCCCGCCUGGUUCAAAGGCUCCAAGGUCUUCAUGCACCACACACAUCGCUUUCAUCUGUCCACCCCAGUCUAAGGCCCUCAAAUAAAGCUGU